CGAACCAAGACAACCAUCAAGUCCAUUAGUCGUAUGUACAAGCACAAUGAGCCCAUCUCCAUGAUGACGGCUCAAGAUUACCCUUCUGGCAUGAUGGUAGAUCGCGCAGAGAUUGACAUGUGUCUCGUGGGAGAUUCCCUGGCUAUGGUCGCCCUGGGAUAUGACAACACCACGUCACUUACUGUCGAGGAAAUGCUCCAUCAUUGCCGUGCAGUUGCUCGAGGAUGCAAGAACCCAUUCUUGGUAGCGGAUUUGCCAUUUGGUAGCUAUGAAGCUUCUCCCGUUGAUGCCGUCAAGGUUGCACAACGAUUUAUUAAGGAAGGCAAUGUUGAGGCUGUCAAGCUUGAAGGCGGUGCAGAAAUGAGCGAACAUAUCAAAAUGAUUACUCGUGUGGGUAUACCCGUGGUGGGUCAUAUUGGAUUAACACCUCAACGAUCGUCGGCCUUAGGUGGAUUCCGUGUUCAGGGCAAGACAUCAAAGCAAGCACAACGAUUGGUUGCAGAUGCAUUAGCAUUACAAGAAGCUGGUGCGUUCUGUAUGGUGUUGGAGGCUAUGCCAGCUGAGAUUGCUGGCUAUAUCACACAACGAUUGCGCGUGCCUACCAUUGGUAUUGGUGCAGGCGUCAAUUGCUCGGGCCAGGUGCUGGUUUUGAAUGACAUCAUGGGAUUAUUUGACCGCUUCGUGCCAAAGUAA